UCAAGUCUCGCGAGAAAUUGACACCGUGUUAUGAUGGCCGAAAUGGGAAAUCUUUGGGAAGAUUAUCGAAAACAAGCCAGACAGCUGGAAAAUGAGAUAGAUUUGAAGCUUAUUUCUUUUAGCAAGCUAGGAACAAACUUCUCAUUCUCUGACACAUACAGUGACAAGUCCCCAUUAUUGAACAAAAAUGGAAGUGAACAUAUGUUUGAAACAAUGGAAAUGGAAAUAGAGCAGUUGUUAGCCAAGCUGACUGAAGUCAAUGACCACAUGGCCGAGUAUACACAGAGCAUAAGCUCAGCGUCUCCUAGCGCUGCUCUUCUUCACACUUUGAAGCGCCAUAGAGACAUCUUGCAGGAUUAUAGUCAGGAGUUUCAGAAGACAAAAGCUAACAUCACAGCUAUUAGGGAAAGGGAAGACUUACUGGGAUCUGUUCACAGAGACAUUAAUGCUUACAAGAAUUCAUCGGGAUUGAACAGACGAACAGAUUUAUACCUAAAGGAACAUGAACAUAUCAGAAAUUCAGAGAGAUUAGUGGACGACCAAAUAAGUGUGGCUAUUGCGACCAAGGAGAGUCUGGAUUUUCAGAAGAAGACAUUGUCUGGUAUUACCCAGACAAUUAACUCCUUAGCAAAUCGCUUUCCCAUGAUAAACAGCCUUAUGCAGAGAAUACACAUUCGUAAACGCCGGGACUCAAUAAUUCUUGCGAGUGUGAUAGCUACGUGUAUCAUUGUUCUUUUGUUGUACAUGUUCCAUUGAGGAUUUCAGAGUGAUGUUAUUUUUGUGUAGACAAUUGUAUGUAAAAGAAUACGGUCUUUCUUAUCAAUAAUUUUGCGACAAAUCAUACAAGAUCGAUUGGCCUUCCUGAUGUAUUAACUGUCAUGUAUAAUGAAUAAAAGUCAUAGUUAAAAAACUUUCAAAAUAGCGAAAUUAAGUUAGUAAAUAAAUAUAUAUUUUGUUUUAACAUGAUUUUAUUGUUGUUGCAAGAUUUUUAAUAAGAAUUGCCUCGAAAAAGCUUUGUAAUGUAUUGUCAUUCCAGAUUCUUACCACAUACAAGCAUUGCAUGGAACUUGCAUAUAUAUAAAAAAAGCUACCUGACUGAUGUUUGUUAAAGUGAACUCGUCAUAGUAUUGUUAUGAUAAUACCAGACAGUAACAUUGUGUUCUUGAAUCCUUGUUAAAUUGUCGCUGGCAUCCGGCUUAAAAUUCAAAUGUUUUAUUUAAGAUUGUUCAAGAUAUUUAAAUGAAACUUGGUACACAUUGACUUUAUUCUAUUUAUAGAUCUGUUAUUUAUAUCGUGCAAUCCUCUUAGCUACACCAUUCUCAGAUCAAUUUAAGAUCUAUCUUGACCACCAUAUCAUGUAACUUCUUAUGUAUCCCUAUAUUCAAUGAUAAAACAGAGGAAACAGUCAAAUUACUCCUGGGUUUCAAUGUUUUUCUAUGGCUUCAUUUGUACAAAUGUCAUGGUUGUCAUUACAUCCCAGCUCUGCGUACCAUAUUUGCUUAAUAUACAUGCAUGUUUUUCAAUCAACAAAAUUUGACCAUUUCAUCAUAGCACAAGUAUACUAGUAUAUACAUAAUAAUUAUUUCAAUAGCUAUGUUUGUAAUGAAUUUGUUUAUUUUCAAUACAUUUGUGGUGAUAGGUGAAUGGUAAAUAUAUCAGACCCUGGAUCAGAGGAUACUGGGUUUGAUCGGCACAGCUGUUUUCGUGGAUUAUUAUUACUGGUUAUGAAUUUGUUUAUUUUCAAUACAUUCAUGGUGAUAGCUGAAUGGUAAAACUUAAUGUAUUAGUCUCUUGAUGAAUGAAUAUCGGGAAUAUCUUCACUCAGGUCUUUGUGGAUUAUCGUUAUCACCAUGGACUCGGUCCGUUUCAGUAAAGAAUCUUAGUCGUAACUUCAAUAAUUUUUAAUCUGUAGAAACAUCAUAAAUGGCAACAAGUGAAUUUUUUACAUGUCCUUAGCUUUGUGUUCAUAUAAGGUAACAGGUUAUAGUUCAAUUUUAAGAAAUUUGUAGCAAAAUAACGUCAAAACUGUCCUGACGAUAAUUUUAAUUUACGACUUAGAUUUUGAUUGAAAUAGCCCAAGGAAUUGUUAAAUUAAUUUUUGUCAUUUUGGAUUUUAAAACUGUUGUUUGUCACGAUAAAGGCUCUUCAAGAGUUUAUUUCGGGUUUUUUAUCAUGACUGAACAAUAAAUCUUACUUUACAUUUACAAUUUCAAAUGCAUCCGGUGUUUUUUUAUUACGGGCAAGAAUGCUCAUCUAUUUAGAAAACGUUCUGUUGCUGUUUCAUGUGGUAUAAUCGGAUGAUUUUUACAUGUUUUUGGUGGUUAAAGGUGCACAAAAUAGGUUGAUGCAAAAAUUUAUGUUUGUAAUUUUAAUGCACUUUUCAUGUUUAAAUCACUUGAAUUAAAUGAUUAAAACCCCAAAAAGCAUAUGAUGUAGUUACUGAUGAAUUAAUAUUAGCCGUUAUAAAUGGUUUUUUAAUUAAUAGCUACAUAGCCCCAAAUUUCCAAGUUAAAAAUCUGCCAAUAUAAAAUAUCACCAAUAUUAUUUUUUUUACUGUACACAGAUCAUAUAAGUCAAAUGUGUUUAACAUGAUUAUCAGAUAAUUUGAUUUGAAAAAAAGAGAGUUUUGCAUCAACCUCUAUUGUGCGCCUUUUAAACAAGAUUUGUUUUAUGAAAACGUAAGUGUUUCAUUAUCAUUUUCUGUAAAAAAAUAAUGGUACUGUUUCAUGAAAUAUAAAAGUACAUGUUCUAGGAAUCAUUUUAAAAAGAAGGUGGUUUUCUUUUCUACAUGUGAAAUUGAUGUAUUGGUAAAUGGACAAUGUAAAUGAGAGUUGUAUAUUUAUAUUAUAGAUAUUUAAAUGGAAUUGUUCAUUUUCAAGGAUUGUUCAUUUCGCAAUAUUUACACCUCAACUUUUAUUCCUUAAAUGAACUGCCUUUCGGCAAUUGCGUUCAUCAAUCGAUGAACGCAACAUCUUCAGAUAUGUUUAGAUCGCAAUUCAUAACAAUAUACAUGAAAACUAUUGAUCUUGUUAUUGUUUGUAUUGUAUCGGCAGGUCCUGUAAAAUAUAAAUCAACAUUUUAGAAAGUGCUAAGUUAUUAUAUUUUAAACGUUUUGUUGCCAAAAGUGUUUCAAUUUUACGUUUAAAAGUGAUUUCAAGUGGUUGAUCUUUUCCCGCGUUAUUGUGACGUCAUUUGAAAAAAAAUGUUUCCGGUAACAGUCGGGUCGUCCUAUUUACAAAAUGGGUAAGAAAGGAUUACUGAAAGGUAAUCCAAAAUGAAAUGAAGUUUUUUUUAACAUUUCUUAAAUAAAAUAAUGAACUAUUGGUGUAAAUAUAAGGAAUGAAUUGCGGGGUUGAUGUCAUUAUCGGGGAUAUGAACGCAAUUGGGCUGGUCAAAGUACGCGUGGAGUCAUUCGGACUCCACACACUUAGACCAGCCCAAUUGCGUUCAUACCCCGAUAAUGACAUCAACCCGGCAAUUCAUUCCUAAAAUAAAAAAUAUGGUACUUUCUCACAGUGUUAUUCAAAUUAAACUGAAAAGACAUGAUGUGUACUACAAAUGUGCGGAAAACUUGUCUUGUGUUGGACUUAAAGGGACUAGACACCAGAUGAUACAAUUGCAAGAAAAUAAGAAAAUUGUCAAAAACUUAAACAAAAUUGAUAUAAUUGUGUACAACACAUUGAAUCUUACUUAAUGAUGUAUCACAUUUCUUACAACACAAGUAUUUUUCGCAGUUUUUGCAUAUUUUUUUAAUUAGUAAUUUACCGGGUUUGUCUACCAAGUUAAUUUAGAAACAGCGUCAGUAUAUGUUUCUGUACUAGUCACGUGAAAUAUACACUAUAAACUGGGAAAGCAUUAUAUGCUACUAUUUUUAAACGGGUAAAUUUGAUUGAGAUAGCGACUAAAUAUUAUUUUCAAUAUGUAAAAUAAUGUAUUAUCGGCCCCGUACUUGCUCCCAUUGACAAUUCUAGCCUUGUUUUGUGGAAAUAAGGUAUUUUCCGAUUUUGGGACCAUCUGGUGUCUAGCCCCUUUAAAGACUUUUGUUGAAAAUUUUAACAGUGUCCACUUACUGUCUGAUUUAUAAACAGCUGUUUUUUUGAAGAAAAAAAAACCUGUCAAAUAUAUGAAAUCUCUGUGUGAAUUUUUGAAAAUGAAUAAUAUCAUUGUUGUUAUUUUAAUUUAUAUACAUGUAUAUUGGUUAUUUUACCAUCUGUGAUGGUUCUUGAAAUGUUAAACAUAAUUCUACUGAUUUAAGUUUGUCUUUAAUAGGAAUAUUGUUCAAUUUUAUGAAACUUCAUUAAGUUCUCUAUUUAUAACUUAAAAUCAUUAUAAAAUAAAUAUAUACUAGAAUUUUUAUCAUUCAUGUCAUUAAAAAAAAUCACUUGUGUUUCUGCUAGUUUGACAAAAUAAAAUUCACAGAUGCAUAUUUUAGACGUUUUUUUCUUCUCAAUAAAUUUGGAAGUGCUUCGCCAAUGUUAAGUUCCUUUUUUAAAAAUGUAUUCAUACUUGCAUAAUAUAUGGAGAAACGAUCACAGCUGAGGCAAGUUGUAUAGGCAGGGUGCUAUUCAAUAGUACACAUUAGAGCCCUCCUUACCUUGGCAAUGACCCAAUUUUCAAAAGCACUUUCGUUUAAAAAUAGAAUAAAUUAACCAAUGAAAAAAGUGCUGGAAAGGUUAAGCCCUGCCUUAAGAAAAUCCACAUGUUUUUGUAUGUCCUUCCUUAAGAAAGUCCACACGUUUUUGUAUGUCCUUCCUUAAGAAAGUCCACAUGUUUUUUAACGAUUCAUUUUAAGAGGCAGAUUUUCUAUGCAACGACCUGAAUCAAAAUGGAGUUCAAAAGUAUUAAUUUACUCUUAGUAUACGUAUAUGUAGAUGAACAAGCAUUAUCCUUGCUCAAAUUUCAUGUGCAUAUCGUCAAAUAAGUCAAUGCCAUUAUUAAUUUGUCUUUUUUUAAAAGAAUGAAAGUCCAGCUGGGACAGCAUUCAAUAUAACUCUUAUCCUUAAUCUUAGAUAUGCCUCGUUGAUUCCAUUCAGUCUAUUUGCCAGUUAUUUUUACUGUCCAAUGAAAUCACUAAGAUUCUACUCUUAAACUCAAGUAAGCUCUAAGUUGGUUAUUGAAUACGGCCCCAGGCGUUUCGUUAAGAUCUAGGAGUGAUUUAAUACCUAGGAGAUAUUUUAAACAGUGCUGUACUACUAUAAAGACUCACCCUUAGGUACAAAAUUGCUCCUGGGAUUCUUCUUGAUUAAAAAUCCCCAGGUAUCGUCAUUGCCUUGAUAUUUCGGCACCAGUGCUGCUGUUAGUGUGCAAAAGACUUGAAUGGUUGCUGAAUGUUCUAAUUUGUAAUGUUGGCUCUUACUAGAAAUAUGUUAUGGUUUAGAUGUUGGCAUGAAACUUGGUAUGCAUGUUUGAAAUUUCAAUGUUUAUAUGAGUGGCAGGUUACAGUACUCUGACUACAAUAAUAAUUGUGUUAUGCCCCUUGAUAGACUGGACAUAAACAAUCUCAUUAUAACCAGAUUGCAAAUAAUUGCUUAAUGGCAUUACACAGCAUAUCAUCAGGAUAUGAUUUCCAUGUGUUUUAGACAGGUAGAAUUUAAUUGUAUUCAUUUCUUUGUUCAAGGUCUUGUAAAUAUUUGUGGAUAAAUAUAUCACUGCACAUAAACAGCAUUUAUAGCUAUCUAAAAUAGAGGUUUGUAUGUUGGGAUAUUCAUUAUCUAUUUUACUGUAUACAUUAUUGAAUUUAUAUAAAUCAUUUGUUGACAUAAUUUGUGCCCUAGAAUACUUGAUUCAUUGAAAAAUAAAACUGUUUCUAUAA